UUUGCUUUCAUGAUAAAAGCGCAUGACUUUAGGAAAUUAUUGACGUUCUGCUCGCGCAUCCCACAUCUUAGCAUCAAAAGAUAACCCCAAAAAAUCGUUUUAAACAUGGAUUUGUGCGAUUUCAACAUAGAAAAAGUGUGUAGAGCUUGUUUAGAAGAAACCCAAAACAUGUCACCACUUCUACAAGACGGUUUAAGCGAAAUGUUUAGUUUUUGUACUUUAUUAAGCGUUUUAGACAACAAAUUUCCCUCUUUAAUAUGCAAUAAAUGUAAAUUCGAACUUGGUAUAGCGUAUAACUUCAAACAACUAUGUCUGCGAUCCCAACAGACACUUGAGCAAUACUUCAGUCAAACUAGAUUUGAUGAGUUGGAAUUUAGUUUGUCCGAAUUCCUAAAAUCCGAUCAAUUCCUCGACGAUGACGAUACAGACAUCGCCAAAGAAAUUGAAAAGGAAAUUUUGAAUUUGGAAGAUGAUUUUCUUUUGGACAACGAACAAUACACUUGCGAUAAAUGCAAUGAAUCUUUUGAUUUACUAUGUGAUUUAGAGACUCAUAAGAUAACCCAUCGCGAAAUCACCGAUUUAAAAUGCCCCCAAUGCGGGAAAGUUUUCGAACGAAUGAAAGCUUUAAAAAGACACAUUAAAAUUCAUAUGAAAGAUAAAAAAUAUAAAUGCGAAUUUUGUUCGAAAGGAUUUUCGGAAGCUGGGAGUUUAACGAGACAUUUAAGAAAACACAAAGGUGAAAAAAAACAUUUGUGUACCGUUUGUGGAAAAAGAUUUUACGAGGCGAACGUUUUGAGGAUUCAUUUAAGAGUGCAUAGUGGGGAGAAACCAAUUUCUUGCACGAUUUGUGAUAAGAAAUUCGGAGAUCCAAACGGUUUAAGAAGUCACUUAAAAAGUCAUAGUGGCGAAAAAAAUUAUCAAUGUAAAAUUUGUAUGAAAGCAUUUGCUCAUUCUUUUAGUUUAAAAAAUCAUUUAAGGAUUCAUUCUGGAGAGAAAUCAUUUUUAUGUUCAAUUUGUGGAAAAAGUUUUACUCAGAGUCAUUACAUUACGGCUCAUAUGAAACAACACACAGGAGAUCUUCCGUUUUCUUGCAAACAUUGCGAUAAAAGAUUUUCACAAAAUUCGCAAUUAGAAAUUCAUACAAGAACACACACCGGGUAUAAACCGUUUAUGUGUGCUGUAUGUGGUAAAAGUUGUGCAAGAUCCACAGAUCUCUCGGUUCAUAUGAGAACUCAUACCGGAGAAAAACCGUAUGCUUGCACACAAUGUCCGAAACGUUACGUAACCUCUUCACAUUUAAAAUUACAUUUAAAAACUCACACCGGUGAAAGGCCGCAUGUUUGUAAAACUUGCGGAAAAGGAUUUUUUGAUGCAAAAGGAUUAAAAUCGCAUUUUAGAAUUCAUACCAAUGAGAAACCGUUUAAAUGUAAUGUUUGCGGGAGUUGUUUUAAGCAAAGCGGUCAAUUAGCUGUUCAUAGAAGAAUUCAUAUUUCAAAAGAUAUUCAAAAAAAACAAGAAAAUGAAAAUUAAUUAGAUUGUUAAGGUAAUGAAUCAAUAAAUUUUUGAUUUAAAUAAAUCCA